AGCAAACUUUUAUCACUUAUCAGUUUUCUCUUGUCUACGCCAUCAUCGAAAAUUGAUGAUAUGAAACGUAUCGCGAUGACAGAAGAACAGUACAGAAAAGUUGAACAGCUGCACUAUGGAUGGUACGUGCAAGCGGUUAGAGCCCUACUUGGAGCUGUCGGGAAGGAGCUCUAUAUGAAAAUGGACCGAAAUAAUCGACGAGCCUUUGUGGCUUGCUUGGAUAGCAUUGACAACGAGCAUGACCUUCAAUUGGGAUCUCAAUUUCGAACAGCUUCAUCAUUAGAUAUUCACGGCUUUACUUCAUUCGAAUCUAAGGAAGUGAAACGAGAAAGGCAAUUCAAAUACCGAAUGUUGGAUAUGGUACUCGGCAAGGAUAACCCAUUUCGGAAGAAAAAAAGCUUCACCGAAAGAUUUCGUGACUUGGUUCCUGAACGAAUGGUCGACGAGUCUGUUUUUGAUCUGGUGGACUCUGUCUUCAGACACACUACAGAUGUCAAUCAACAGUUCCUUUCGCCGCGAAUACUGCCUUUGUUACCGGACAAAUAUAGAGCGUCAAAAUCAUUACUAUCACCAGAUCUAUUUCCAUUCUACAAAGAUGAUGCUGAUAACACUAUACUGCCAAUUCCGGAAGUGUUAGAGAAGUCUGGACUCAGUCAAAAAGACCGAAUUUCUGUGCUGGAACUUAUCAUGGAUGUUUCUGGUGUAAACGAUGUUGUUGAGGAAGCGAUAGAUCUUGUAAACAAUAUGAAAAGAGUUGGGCUCGGCAUGGAUCUCAUGUCAAUUACUUCAAAAAUCGAUGAAGUUUUCAUAGAUCUUGCCAACAGUCUCGAAGCUUCUCAACGGCGAGAACUUGCCAGACAUCAAUAUUCUUUUCUUACGAAGAGUCAAAUGUUAAAACUAUAUGGAGAGAAAGGAAUCUUCAACACCACUGUUGCUGAUCUUCCGUUUAAUAUCGACGAGUUCUCGUCCUUAAGUCGGUCAGAGCGUGAGGAAUCGUUGCGCAACACCAUUCGGCUGCUUGCUAAGGAUCCCCGAGCGCUCCAUUAUCGAAGUAAACGGGCCAUCGAGAUAAGGCAUUUCAGACACGCCACUCUGGCACCUUUCUCAUUUGCGCCCACUUUUACAGCUCUCAAUGUACUCGGUCCUGUCACCCUUUCACCCAGCCUUUUCUCACCAAGCAUCAUUUCUCCACUGCUGCUGAGUCCUCCAGUGCUUUCGCCACAGGUUGGAAAUCCGCUAAUCUUUUCUCCUUAUGUGCUCGGUCCAAAUGUGCUGUCAGCAGCUGUGUUCAAUGCGUAUGUCUUCUCUCCAUACGUUCUGUCACCCAACGUCAUCAACCCAUAUGUACUCUCGCCGUUAAUUCUGUCGCCAUUCGUACUUUGUCCCGACGUUCUGUCUCCUACUGUACUAUCCGGAGUCGUACUAUCGCCUUCCGCGUUUUCACCUUCGAUUUUCACCGAUUCAGCUCUUGCGUUAAAUAUUCUCUCACCGACAUUCAUGUCAUGA